UCGUACGGAACGAAUUUAACAUGCAGCAUGAAAACAAGCGUUUACUUCUUGUUUAUUUGUUUCUUUACUUCGUUAAUAACGCUUUGUCGAAUCCCUCGAAUUGCACGCUGGGUAAUAUGUUAACGACCUGAUAUGUACAGACAGAGAGAUUCAGGCUUUAAAAUAAAGAAAACACAAUGGCAUUUUCAGAAGACUUGUUGGCUCAGAGGAGCAAACUACAGCAUGAGAUUUUGGCUCUGGAGAGUACACUAGGAAAUAGUAGGAACAUUGCAGACUUGAUGUCUUCAGACAGUGACAGUGCUGACGAGUCUGAGGACAGUGGAAACGCAGGGGAGGAUGUUACACUUGAGGACCUGGAAGCAGAACGACAGCAAAUACAGAGGGAAAUCGAAGAGUUAGAGCGAACGCUUGGUGCAGACGCGGCUCUGGUCGAUGCUCUGACAGACAGUGAACAUGGCAGUCUAAUGAAUUCAAAUGGUGAGGAUAGUGACGAGGAUUUGGAUCUUCCUCAAGAUUUAGAAACCUGUCUUCAGAUGAAUUUGGUUUAUCAGGAAGUGCUGAAAGAAAAACUAGCUGAACUGGAGAGGCUUCUGAAAGAAAAUCGUGAACAGCAGAAAGAGAUUGAAGAGCAACUUUCUGGUCCUUCAUCUAACUAUCCUGGCCUGCCUCAUCUCAGACUCUUCCUUGGGAGUUUUAUGAAACCAUAUUUCAAAGACAAGCUGACUGGUUUGGGCCCUCCAUCCAAUGAAGAAACUAAAGAGAGGAUGGCUAAUGGAACAAAGCCCUGUGAUGAGAGGAAAAUUAGAAGAUGGGAGCCAUGGCAAAAAACGUUACUGAUCAAAUCUGUAGCCACAGACACUAUGAAACGCACGUUGCAGCCCAAACUGUCAAAGAUGGAGUACUUAACUGCAAAGAUGUCUAAAGCAAAAGAUGAAGAAAAAAAAGAACUACAAAUGCAAAUUGCCCUUUUAGAGACGGAUAUUGGGGAAAUAAGGUCAAUGAAGGAGGAUCAACUGUAUGGGUCUCGCCAUGACUAUCAUGACUGGGACAAAAUAGCAAAUGUUGAUUUUGAAGGCUUUCGACAACCUGAUGAUUUGAUGAGAUUCUGGCAGAAUUUCUUACAUCCCUCCAUUAAUAAAUCCACAUGGAGUAAGGAUGAGAUUGCCAAGCUUGCAGAAGUUGCAGAACAGCACAUGUACUGCAACUGGGAAAAAAUUUCAGAAUUGCUUGGGACCAAUAGGACAGCUUUCCUGUGUUUCCAGACUUAUCAACGCUACAUCUCUAAACGGUUCAGGAAGAGAGAGUGGAGUAAAGAUGAGGACGAGGUCUUCAAAGAGCUUUUGGAGAAAAUGAGGAUUGGCAACUUCAUACCAUAUACUCAAAUCUCAUACUUUAUGGAAGGUCGUGAUAGCGCACAGCUCAUCUACCGCUGGACAUGCGUUCUGGAUCCUUCGAUAAAAAAGGGACCUUGGACAAAAGAGGAGGACCAGUUACUGCUCAAAGCAGUAAAGCGGUAUGGCUGCAAGGAGUGGUGGAAAAUUAAACUGGAAGUACCUGGAAGGACAGACAAUUCUUGUCGAGAAAGAUAUCUGGAUUGCCUCCAAUCUGAUAUAAAGAGAGGUGCAUGGAGUGAUGAUGAAGUGGAACUGCUGAAAAAUCUGGUAGAGAAAUAUGGUGUGGGGAAAUGGGCUAAGAUCGCCUCUGAAAUUCCAAACCGGGUUGACAGCCAGUGUUUGAACAAGUGGAAAUGGAUGAUGCAUAAAGCUGCAAGAAAAGGUUUAAAGAGAAGAAGGAGAUCAGCCAAGCCUGCGCCAAAAUCAAAGAGGAGGCGAGUGAGGCAGACAGACCUCAAAAAAAUAAAAGAUGAUGAUAUCAAACCUGAAAGCGACACCUCCAUAGAGGAAAAGGAGGAAGUGCGGUACAUGGACAGUGAUGGUGAACAGCCAGUGGAAAAUGAAAAUGUCUAUUCAAAUGAUGAACAUAAUCUUGAGUAUGUCCAGCCAGACAUGAAGGAAUGGAUUCCUGUACAUGAGAACAAGCUGGCUAAUCCUUUAAAGAAACUGAAGACCACACUGGUAAGACUGUCCACUGAGAUGGAAGAGAGCAGCAGAGAUUGUGUACGGAACACAGUGCUGGACAGAUUGGGAAACCUUGUGAAGACUUAUGUUGGGAUGGAACCACCUGCUUUGCAAAAAUCUAAUUUGAGCAGUGAGCAUGCCAUGAUUAUGGUGUCGGAAUGUGAUGUUAAACACUUCCUAAUUUGCAUGAGAACAUCCAUCAUGAAAGCGAGAUCAUCAAAAAACAAAACCAGUUUGUCUACAUGCACAAAUCAAAAGAAUGAUGAAGAGAAGGAUAAGAAUGUAACGAAAAGCGGUCGAAGAAAAAGAUGUAAGGGUGUAGCCACCGAACAGCUGAGAUAUGAUCUCAUGUUUGCCAUUACUCCAUGGGUUGGCAACGUGCUAAUACCUUUAACUUUCAGUGAGAGGCGGGUAUAUGAAGCGGAUAUUCAAAAAAGAGUAGCAGAUGCCUCUCUUCUAAAAUCACCAAUGUUUUUGUUUUUUCUGCAGGUUCUUAAAGUUGACACUGAAGGUUGCAAGAAAGUCAUUGAGGCCCGGAAGGACAAGGAGUGCUUUAUUAUGCCAGAACCUGGAUCAAGAUCCUAUUCAGCCAGGAAGCAUACUCCACGUUCCAGCAAUCAUGUUAAGACUGUAGCAGAAAUAAUUGCUGAAAGAAACGAGAGACAAUCUAACCCCCUGCUGUCCCCAAAGUUUUUAGAUGCCCAGCUACUUCUCCAACCUGCCAAAAUUGCAAUUUCUUCACUGCGUCAACGGGAAAGGAAAACAAAACAGCCCAUGCAGUCUGCUAGUCAGAAGUCGAAUGCUGGGCUGAUUUUUCCCCAGACUUUUGUCGUUUCCCAGCCAAAUACAGAUAGCAAAGGUGACACUUCAGUUAAUGUGGUACAGAGAAUUUUACCUCUUCUGCAGCUGUGUCAACAAGAUGCAUCAAAAAUCCCUCAGCCAGUAUUACCAGCACCACCAGUAGUGCCAGCUGAAAGUGUGAUGCAGCCAGCAUCUUGUCCCACAUCUUCAUUGUCCACAAAUGAUCCACCUACAAAGACUACAGAAGAAGCUCGCACUUCAAAACGCAAGCCCAAACCCACAAUGAAAGCCCAAGCUUUGUUGGAUGACCGAAAAAGCAAGCUCUCCAAAAAACAGGCAGCUAAAAAACAACAAAACAGUAGUAUCACCCAGAAAGUGGCUGUAUUACCACAAACUACAGCCUGGAUUCUCACCCCUACUGGUUUGCUGCCUGUUGCUGAAAUUCAAUUACAAGCUCCUGGUAAUGAAAACCAGGCGAUACCAAAAAAUGUUCAGAUGAUAUUUCAACAAUCUGUCUUUGUCAACCAGAGUAGUUGUGUUGCACCUACCAAUAGCACAGGAUCAGACAACCAAACAUCUGAUUUACCUGGAAACAAUAUUAAACCUCUGGCCGCUGGAUCAAAUCUUGGUCAGAAUUGUUCACCUUUCUCUGUCUCAGACAACUACAUUGUCUCUUCAUUUCCCUCCUCUUCUAAAACCCCCAGUGUCAUUUCAGCUUCUGUCAAAAUUAUUCCUCAAGCUCUACCUGACACAACUGUGCCUUCCAUUACAGGAUCUACAGCCCAAGAUACACUUUCUAAAUCUGCAUGUAAUCAAAACAAAUCUGUGACUCCCAUGAAUCCCAUCACUCUGUUUGCUGGUUCAUCCUCCCCUGUGGGAACUAGUCAAAGCAUUACACCAUCAUGUAGUUCAGAUGCAACCAUCAAUGUUCCCAGUGACUCUACAGUGUCUUUAGUCACAAGCACACCAUCCAAAACUUCUGCCCCUUUGUUGAACAUUUUUGGUCCUGGUUCCAGUGCAGCUCCUCAUAGCCAUAGUAUGCUACGUCCUGUUUCUCAACCAACAAUGGUGAACCAAAAUGGCUCUUUGUCACUUAUCAACACUGCAAGACCCUGCAUAGUCAAUGAGCCUCCAACUGCUACUGCAAAUGUCACUAGUGUUCCAACUAACAACAAAGCACCUAAUAUCAACAAGAGCCUUCCUACAGAGAAUGCUGCUAUAUCGUCAGCUCAUUGUCUAAUCCCUACAUCUGCAUUCCCUUCUGUGAAUGGAACAACACUUGCAUUUCCACAGUCCAAUUUUGUGAGCAAUCCUGUUAUAGUCAAUGUAGGCAGUGUAGGCCAUCCAACAGAUCAGUUAGGUUUUAAUUCACCUAUCAGUCCCAUGAUAACUCAAAUUGGGCCUCAGACUGUGCCGCAGCAGGUGUCUCCCCAAGCCAGAAAGCAGUCUGUCCAUAGUGCUGCUACAACAUCAAAUCCCGAGCCGAAACAACCGGCUUUUGACCCUAGCUUGAUAUUCUUCGAGCAACCAACUCAAGUGAAAAACUGGUUGAAGGGGAACGGUGGAAUUACACUGCCUGGAUUGGAAGAAAAUAUGCCUUAUCUUCCCCCAUUUGUUAGCAGUAUCAGUACACUGACUACCUUGCUCAAAGGAAGAGAUUGUUUGUUGAAGUCAGCAGUGCAGCUGCUACCCGAAGAACACAGAAAUAACAGCGAGGAUGAAGUUAAGAUAGCUGCUGUCCGGAAGAUAGUGUCUGAGAGGUUUAAAGACAACAAGGCAUAUUUGCUUCUGAAGGCUCGCUUCUUGUCAUGCUUUACCUUACCUGCCCUCUUGGCCACUAUAAAUCCGUGCAAAGAGUUCGAAGAUGCUCUUGCUAAGGAACACAAUAAGGACAAAGUCAAGCCAAGAUAGUUUGAUGAUGAACAUCAGCUCAAACCAUUGGCGUCUCUGCUCAACAUGAAAGAAAGCGAUUUACAAGCAACACAGUUUCCUGGAUGUGAGCCAAGAAAUCAAUCUGAAAUUCAUAUCAGUGCAUAGCAUGUUAGUAAUAGCAAAAUAUUUAUAUUAUUUAAUUUUUGUACUGUAUAUUUAAUGAUGAAAGAUAAUUACACUCAUGUUGUUUAUGUUGAAAAUAUAGAAUGUAUUUUAUG